AAGUGGCAGACAGGGGCAGAGAGAGCAGCAAGCGAGCAAGAGACACAGCAGCCAAGUCACACGUAACGUUAGCUUCCCACGACUUGUCAGAAAGUUGAGAAACUAUCUCAGCAUUUUAAAUCUCCGGCAGUUUAUCCAAGUUUAGUCGGAUGAAUGCACUUUCCCCUUAAGACCGGGACAGAAAUCUGCUAUGAAUGUUGGCGGUUCGCUUGAUUAAGUUAACAUGGGUUUGAAUGGCGGGGUUUUAUUUAAUUUCGCGUAACGUCUGUCCUCGAGAAACUAACAGUUUUGGUCGAAACGUUUAACGAGGCUGGAAGAGGAGGUUUUUGUUUGCGUUAAGUAACGGUACUUUUCUUUUGUCUUUAAUUUUUAUCCAUCUCUGGAUCCUGUUAUCAUGACGCCCGACCUCCUGAACUUCAAAAAGGGAUGGAUGUCGAAACUGGACGACAGCGGUGAGUGGAAGAAGCAUUGGUUUGUUCUGACUGAUGCUGGACUGAAGUACUACAGAGACUCAACGGCAGAGGAGAAAGAUGAUAUGGACGGGGAGAUUGACCUAAAAUCCUGUGUGAAGGUGUCAGAGUUUGAUGUGGAGAAGAACUAUGGCUUUCAGAUACAGACACGGGAGGCUGUAUUCACCCUGUCUGCCAUGACAGCUGGGAUCAGACGGAACUGGAUAGAGGUUUUAAAGAAGUGUGUCCGGCCCAGCAGCUCUCCAGACCUCACACAAUUACCUGACAGCAGCAGCGACAAGGAAAACUCCCACUCACGCCUUCAUCUGUCUUCCCGUCGCCCAUCUUCGCGUCAUGGCGAUGCUCAGUUAGAAGUUCCGACCUUGGCACCUCCCACGCAGCGUAGGUUUGACUACGUUGAGCUGUCUCCUGUUCCCGCCUCCUCCUCUGGUCCUCUCCCAGCUGGUCAGAGAGAAGCAGGAGAGGGGCAGGGGAGGGAGCACAGCCAAUGGCAAGAGGAGAGGAACAUGAGCAGCCAGUGGGAGGCUGUGCUGUCCAGGAAGGGCACAAGCACGGGAUCCAACCAAAGGCUACGCAUGGAGGAUGAAAUAGAGAAAAAGUGGGCCGAGUUUGAACGCAUGCCAUUGAAGGAGAUGAGCUCUUUACCACCAAUGGGAUCACGGUCCUCCAGCCAGUCAGCCACUGAGGCGCUGCAGAGGGAGGUAGUGGCGUCACUGAGGCAGCAGCUGGAGGAACUACAACGAGGUGGAGGAGGAGGAGGAGGAGGGGGGAGAGGCGGAGGAGGAGUGCGAGGCAGCUGUGGCCCUGAGGCCCCCUGCGGCCGCAGUCUGGCAGCCAUGGAGCGCGCUCACCGGCAGGCACUGGAGGAGCUGCAGAGGCAGCACGACCGCCAGAUCAAGGAGCUGGAGGCAGAGAAGGACAGGCUGCUGCUGGAGGAGACCCAGGACACCGCACGAGUGAUGGAGGCUUUGAGGAAGAAACACAAAGAGGAGCUGGAGAGAGAGGUGGAGAAAGUCAAGAGGCUAAGCAGCGGGGUGCUUGACUCACAGACUUUGCGAGCCCAACAGCAGGCAGAGACUCAGUCCUUGCAGCGAGAGCUGGCUGGACUGUCUGAGCGCUAUUCUCAGAAGUGUCUGGAACUGAACCGAGCUGAGCAGAACAACGCUGAGAGAGAGAGAGAGAUCAGCCACAAGGAAAGAGACAUGGAGCAGCUGAGGAAAGAGAACCAGGACUUAAAAGCCCGUUUGACGGAGCAAAUCAGCCGUAUACGAUCUACCAUCACAGAUCAGAGCUCAGAGGACAAGAAAGACAGGACGCCCUGUGAACUAGAGGUUCUUCUCAGGGUGAAAGAAAACGAGAUAGAGUACUUACACAAGGAGAUCAGCUGUCUAAGGAAUGAACUGCAGUUUCUGAACACGGAGAAACGGCUGGCCUGUGAACGAUACACAGAGGUGAAUGAGGAGCUGAGUGGGAUGAAGGGCCGAAGCGAGCGAGAGAUCCAGAAUUUAAAGGAGCACUUGAGGCUGGCUAUGGCUGCUCUGCAGGAGGGGCAGAAGCUGGGCAACAGCCUGGACCACUGAGAACCUGCUGCUGGUACUAAUGUGCGCUGGCAGACACAGAGACAGGUGUGUCUGCACCGUUGUGACUGAAUCAAAGAUGGAUACAGAAGGGGAGUGGAGGAGAUUAUUGUUGGACUUGUACAGUUCCGGCUGUGUGGGGACCAUGAUAGUGCCUUAGUUUUCAAUCAUUCUGCCAAUGAGCAGUAUAGAGUAGCUAUUAGCUGGUUUCAUUACACUGGGCCACACAUGUUAUUAUAAAACUGCACUUUUUGUUUUUUAUUUUUAUUUUAGCAUUUGCUUUCAUGAGUGCAAGCAUGUAUGAGUGCGCAUAUGGUCUUAAAACUGGAAUAUUUGUUGAGUGAAAUGUUGUGGGUUUUUUUCUUUUUUUUUUAUCAGGUAUUAUAGAGAAAGAGUUCAUGCUGUAUCAGCUUUUUUGUUGGAUAAACUUCUCAUUGCCUCUGUGUCUUCUGCCUGAGACAGCAGGAGUUAACACAGUUACAGAAGAGCUACUGUCAUCUCAGUUUUCCGUUGUACAGCUUUUGAGUCAUGUUUACUCUGUGAAAAUGGCACACUUUUCUUAAGAAAUGGGAGCUCAUUUUUUGUUGUAAUUAUUUUCUACCUAGUAACAUUUGUGCUUGUGUUGUGCUUAUGAAUAUGAAAUUCAGAACAAAAAAAUUGGGAUUAAUACAGGACAAGACAGCAAAAGUUUCUAAUUCCUGGCAAGCUGAAUUGGAAGUUGAUCUGGUUGUAUAGAAGCAUAUUUAGGGUCAACUUUCUUCUGGGAUACUUCAAAAGCUGUUGAAUGAAUGUUGUCCCAUAUCACAGAUGUUUUUAUUUUCAAAUCACAGCUGAGAAGCAGGAACUCUCAAGCUUCCAGUCUCCCCUGAUCAUUAUUGGCAUUUAUGUGCCACCACCACAACAAAUGACAGGUGUUGCAUUAAUGAGCCAAUUUUUUUUAUUGACAGUAUGUAUUGUGAUAAAUGACUUAACUACCUGCCUUUUGAAAACUUUUUCAUAUUUAAUGUACUGAAGAGCCUGUAUCAUCUUUGUAAAUUAUAUACAUUUUUUCAAUCAAUAAAAAGAGUUCAACAGAAACA